CCGUAGUACCCGGGGUUGGUCGCAGUCAGCGGUGCCAGUGUCCGGGCGCCCGCCGUCCUUGGCCCCCGGCCCGAGAACCCUAACGUUACAGCGCAGGGUGCCUGGUAGGACCAGCCGCCGCAGCCAGGCUCUGAUGCUGGUCUCUGGUAGAAGGAGGCUGCUCACGGCUCUGCUGCAGGCUCAAAAGUCGCCUUUUCAACCCUCCAGAGACAUGAGACUGGUGCAGUUCCAGGCACCCCACCUGACAGGGCCUCACUUGGGCCUGGAGUCAGGGAAUGGUGGAGGGGUCAUUGACCUCAAUGCCUUUGACCCCACACUCCCUAAGACGAUGAUGCAGUUCCUGGAGCUGGGAGAGGCCACCCUCUCAGUGGCAAGAAGAGCUUUGGCUGCUCAGUUGCCAGUAUUACCACGGUCAGACGUGACCUUCUUGGCCCCAGUCACGCGACCAGACAAGGUGGUGUGUGUGGGCAUGAAUUAUGUGGACCACUGCAAAGAACAGAACGUGCCCGUGCCCAAGGAGCCCAUCAUCUUCAGCAAGUUUCCCAGCGCCAUCGUGGGGCCCUACGAUGAGGUCGUCCUCCCACCUGAGAGCCAGGAGGUGGACUGGGAGGUGGAGCUGGCCGUGGUCAUUGGAAAGAAAGGCAAGCACAUCAAGGCCACAGAUGCCAUGGCUCACGUGGCUGGUUUCACUGUGGCUGAUGAUGUGAGUGCUCGUGACUGGCAAAUAGGACGCAACGGGAAGCAGUGGCUGCUGGGAAAAACUUUCGACACCUUUUGCCCCCUGGGCCCUGCUUUGGUGACCAAGGACAGUAUAGCAGAUCCACACAACUUAAAGAUCUGCUGCCGGGUGAAUGGGGAGGUGGUCCAGAGCAGCAACACCAGUCAGAUGGUAUUUAAGACGGAAGAGCUGAUAGCAUGGGUCUCCCGGUUUGUCACUCUUUACCCAGGGGAUGUCAUCCUGACUGGGACCCCACCAGGUGUUGGUCUGUUCAGAAAACCUCCUGUCUUCCUCAAGAAGGGAGAUGAAGUCCAGUGUGAGAUUGAAGAACUAGGUGUCAUCGUCAACAAGGUGGUGUGAUGGCUCCUGCACAGACCCUGUACUUAAAACAAGAUUGUGGGCACCUGCUCCCACUCAGACCAGCACAGGGAAAUACCCAGACAUGGGUUGUUGGCAGCCCCCCCAAGGCUCUUCUAGGAGGAAGGGAGAAAGAUAGAGUGCUCCUCAAUAAAUCUGUCAAGCCAAAGCAGCA